AUGGGUCACUGGGAGUCAUCAGCCUCAAAAUACCAGGGCAUUAAAUCUUUAAUCGACCAAGCAACAGCGUGGGAGAGACGGAGCGGCGCUACCUUUGGGGAAGACAAGACGGCAAUCAUUCACUCUACAAGGAAACCCCGGGAGACAGACAACGGACCGUUCACAGUAAAGUGGGCCCAGGUGGUACCCAAGAACGCCAAGACCCUAGGCGUAGUCAUGGACACACAGCUCCGGUUUAAGCAACAUAUCGUCAACGCAGCCCCGCAGGGUCUCGAAGCGGCCAUGGCACUGAAGCGCCUGACAUCCAUCUCCCCUGCCACCGCCAGACAGCUAUUCGUUGCAACGGUGUCACCAGUGGUAGACUACGCAUCUAACCGGAAGCAGAAGCAAACACCACCCCUGCUGGGGAGAGAUUUGCCAAAUAAAAACCUGACCAAGUUCGACGCAAUCAACGUCGGGUACGCUUUGGAUAAUAUGUUUGUCGACCGCGAUGGCAACAUCCUGGUCGCUGCCUUUCCAGACUCGAUCAAGUUCUUUGCUGCGAACAACGACCCUUACCACAAGGAUACGCCCACCACUGCUUUGAAGCUUGUCGAGAGGCCAGACGGUGCAUAUGGAAUCACGAAAUCCAUUGAGGACAGGCUGGCCGAGGUCCUGCCUGGAGCUACGACGGUGCUUCAUGACGCUACAACUGGUCGCCUAUUCUUCAGCAGUAAACCCCCACAGGAGCCCUAA